AUGCUCGCCUCAGGGGACCUCGUCCGCACGGGACAAUGGGGGAUAACCGCAAAUGACUCACCCACCGCUUUUUUGUCGAAAUUCACCUACGGCCCUUCCAUCGAAGGGCUCUUCCUGCAGUCCAACCUGGGCGUCGUCACGAAGAUGUCCAUCUGGCUCCAACCGCAACCGCAGGCGUUCAUGUCGUGCAGCUUCAGCAUGCCUUUCUUUGAUGACCUGGAGGUCAUGGUCGAUGCCUUUGGCGAGAUGCGGCGUAAUGGGACGAUCCCCAGUUGCGUGUGGUUUACUUCGCUUAUCGAGACGCUGUGCAUUGCUGGACGGAGGGAGGAUUACUGGAAAGGUGAGGGGCCGAUUCCCGACUGGCGGCUGGAGGAGUUGAGGUUGGAGACGGGGUAUGGGCAUUGGUAUGCGCGGUUCGGACUGUACGGACCCAAGAGAGUAGUGGAGGCGCAGUUUGAGGAGAUCAAGGAUGUGUUGGCGAAGAAGGCGCCGACGGGCACAAUCUCAGGGACGCUGUAUGCUGAUGAAACAGGAGUGGAUGCGGCUAAGGUGCCGGUGGAACAUGGGAGCAUGUUUGUUGGUGUCCCGCAGCUUUGGAGUUUGCCGUUAAUUAACUGGCCGAUUCCGAAGAGCAAGACAGAUGGGAAAGCGGCGCAUGGGGAUUAUGCGCCUGUGAUCCCUUCGUCGGGGAAGUUGGUGAUGGAGUGGAUGAGGAAGAGCAAGCCGAUUUGCGAAGAGAACGGUGUGGAACUGAUGGCGGACUUCUUUAUGCAUGAGAGGCAUGUGGUGUUGAUGAAUAUGUUUACCUGGGAUCAGACGGAUCCUGUGCAAAAGCAGAAUAUCAAGAAGUUGUAUUAUGGGCUUCAUGAGGUGGCGAAGGAGAGGGGUUAUGGCAUGUACAGAGCGCAUGUCAACCAUAUGGAUCUAAUUGCGGGCUUGAACGACUUUAACGGACACGCCUACAACCGCUUCGUCGAGAAGAUCAAGGACACUCUGGAUCCCAACGGCAUUCUGUCUCCCGGCAAGCAAGGAAUAUGGCCUAGCGGGUUCCGACAUCUCAGAGAGGACCAAGAGUACGACGGAUGA